CUUUAGUGUUUCUGGCGACUUCACUUUCACUUUACAGUCGUAGUAAAAAUAUUCUAAUCUUCAGUGAGUCCAUAGGAACUUGUCAACAUGUCUCAGGAGGGAAUUCAUUCUGACGCCGACAUUAACACCAGUUUAAAGACACUUGAACCACAGACCAUCAUUCGUGGGAAAACGCCGAUACAAAUCCUGCAUGAAUAUGGCACCAAAACUGGCAACCUUCCUGUGUAUGUGAUGGAUAAGGCUGAAGGAGAGGCUCACCAGCCCAACUUUGUCUUCAGCGUGAGCAUCGGAGAUGUGAGCUGCACAGGUCAAGGUCCCAGUAAAAAGGCUGCUAAACACCAGGCUGCUGAAUCAGCCCUGAAAAUCCUGCAGAGAGACAUUGGAACACUCAGGAUCAAUCCUGUGAAGUCUGAGAGUAACGGUGUUGCAGCAGAAACAAACAACCAGCCAAACUCAGUGGGGAUGCUGCAGGAGUUAGCCUUGCAGAGGGGAUGGCGUCUUCCUGAAUACACAAUUUUAAUGGAGGCUGGUCCGCCACACAAGAGAGAAUUCACCGUUACUUGUCGAAUGGAGUCCUUGUCAGAGAAAGCUGUGGGAAAUUCAAAAAAGAUGGCAAAAAAGGCAGCUGCAGAGAAAAUGGUUGCAAAGCUACAAAGUCUGUCUGGCUGUUCUGAAAUCACAUGGAUGCCUAAACCAAGUGUCCGAAUCGAGAACAUAAGGAACUCAUCAGCAGAGAAUGUAUGUUUACUGAGAAGAAACCCGCUGAGCAUUCCCAACACAGAUUACAUACAGAUGAUGCUGGAACUGUCUAAGGAGCAAGGCUUUGAGGUCACAUACUUUGAUAUCGAUGAGCUGACUGUGAACGGCCAGUACCAGUGUCUGGCAGAGCUGUCCACCUCCCCGGUCACCGUGUGCCACGGCACGGGCAUCUCCUGCAGCAACGCACACAACGACGCAGCCCACAGCGCCCUGCAGUAUAUCAAGAUCAUGGCCUCCAUCAAGUAAAGCCCCACCACAUUUAACAGUUUCACCUUCACCGACGACGUCACAUACAGAAUAUCCCACAUGUUUUCCAGUCACGUUGCACUUCCUCAUAAAAGGUGUCUUUUAUUAGCCAGUGCAUCCUAUUGUGCUGGCACAAAGGUAGUUACAUCAAGGCCCUGGGCCACUGCUUCAGCCACCUUUUGAUUUGUGUAGUUUUUAACUUUUAACAAGAAACUCAUCAUGGUUGGUAAAAAAAACCCAAAAACAUCUAAAUAUGAAAUGCUAUUGUGUCAUUCCUCAGGUCAAAUAGUUACUUUUCUGUAUUGUUUUCAAGAUUGAACGAUAAAUUAUCAGAAUCUAUGGUGAAGAAAUUUCAAGAAAAUGCCUAGUUAGAGGUUUUCUGACCAAGUGGUAUAUUUCUUUAUGAAUUAAACUUGGCCAUGUUUUUAUACCUUAAACAUUACAUGAGAAAGGAGAUUUGUUUAUAGCAUAAUAGCACAUUUUUCUUACAUAUAGCUAAUCAUAUAACAUCAGACUUUGUUGCUGAGGAAAUCCCUUUCCCAUCCUGUUUUGAAUCUUGUGUAGUUUUGACAAGCCUAUAUUAAAAUAGUGGUAUAGAUGGCAUCAGCCAGAAAUAUUAGUAACAGUCAAAGCUACUGUCUGCGAUGUUGUCUUUUGGUAUAAUAUAAAUAUAUUAUUUAUUCUAGUAGGAAAUGUUGUGUGUAAUAAUUAUGCCGUAUUACCAUUUGCUUUUCUCCCCUGAGGAGAAAAGCAAUUAUUAUUUUUGUCUGUGAGCAGCAAAACUCAAAAGGUAAAUAUUGGAUGAUGUGCAUUAUGUCCCAAAGUAUGAAAUCAUUAGAUUUUAGUGGUGAUGCAGAGAAACUGAGCGGCCUUGUUGGACAACUUUUUGUAACUGCUGCAGAAAAGCUGUCUUCCAUUGAAAAGUGAAUUAUCAGUGAGUGUGCACUGCAGGUUUUAGGUUUCUUAAUGGUGAUUGUGUAAAUCGUAUAGUAGAAGUCCAGAUUGUACUUUGACCCAUCAUGUAGCAGCAAGUUCGGUCAUUAUUCUGCACGCUGAAGCUCAAACAGCACAAUUUUGAUAACUGAAAAAAACACUAAAAACAAUUGUAGUUAUUACUUAGCUUCUUUUUUUUUUACUUGGUAUAUUUGUUUUUACUGUUGGUCAGACAUAAUUAGACAUGUUAACACUUCACCUUAGACUCUGGGAAACUGUGCUGGACAUUUCUCAUCAUGAUGCGCUGUUUUCUAAAAUGAACGGCUCUAUGACCCAUUAAAAUCUCAUGUGGACAUUA